AUGUCUGAUAGAGGCGCGAGCAGUGUAGUGGAAACUCAGCAACCAUGGAGGAUAGUCCAUUACGACUCCAACACAACAGCUCCCGCCUGUGUCGACUCUCCCAAUAUCCGAGGCACCUUUGAUAUCCUGCAGAGCUGCAUCUUGACGCUCAUCGCUUGUAUAUACACGGCUUUGCAUCUCGAUGUCCCUGUCAAAACAGCUUGGCACGAACUACUCCGCUAUAAGCUCAAGUGGACUGCUAUCACCCUCUUUGCGCCUGAGAUUUCCCUCUACAUGGCAGCGGAUCAACCACAACAGGCCUGGAGUCUCAAAUCAAAACUUAGAACCCUGCAGACAAGGUGUUCUUCAGAUAAGAAACAUUGUGUUAUGCGAAAGAUCAAGAACUUGCCCCUCAGUCUACUUGAGAUCCACACUAUGGUCCAUGUUGCUUGUGCCGUCUUUCUCUAUUUGUGUUGGUUCAGGAAGCCUCUUAAUGUUUACCAGCCAGAAAUCAUCCAGCCAGGAACUUUCAAGGGGGAGAUCGCAGUCUUGUUACAGCGCCAAUUCUAUCCCAACAUGUCGACCAAGUUGGCUCUGUUUCCUCCUCAAGAGAGUCCUAAUCAACCACCGCCUCUUAGAAGAAGCAGCUUGGUGCAACCCAACUGGGUCACAGCGGAUUCAUCUAAACCAAGCUUAGAUAAUUCUCAAGAGAUUGAAGAGCUUCAACCACUUCAGGCUUCACCUAGAUCCUCACAGACCUUGACUGAAUUGUCCGAGGUGAAGCUUGAGCCAGGGCUGGAAAUGUGGCCAUGGAACAUUCUCCCUUCUGGCCUCCUAUAUCAUUCUGAAUUUGCGCUGGCUGGCCAAGACCUUUUUCCUGCACGGCUGCCCGAGUUCGGGCCUGUCCUACAUCGUGCUUAUAGGACUAUGCCUUUCGGCGAAGGGAAGAGGAAUUUGGACAUAAACUUCAGUUUCUUUACGGAGAAUGGAAACGUCUUUGGUCUCUUGGGCUUCUUCAAGAAAUUCCCCGGUUGGCUGGUCUAUUCUUGA